AUGGAAAAUAACCCGAAUAAUGAUAACAAGCCAUAUACUUACCCUUAUGAUCCUCCUCCGCCUCCUCAACUAAAUUAUGGGCAUCCACCACCACCUCCACCACCGCCACCGCCACCGCUACCGCUUGAUCCAGAUCCAUAUCACCAAUCUCCUUAUCAGUAUCCGUACAAUUCUCCACAACCGUACCUCCAACGUCAUAGCAACUUUCAAUAUGGCUCGUCACAUUACCACUAUCAGCAACCUGAAACUGAUCCCCCAUUGCGGGCUAGAGGCGAUAGUUUGCCUAAUUUUCAUAGGCUGGAUGCUAUAUCUAAUAGAGAUACUCUUCCUACAAUUGAUGAUCACAUGAGUAAGAUCCGAAUAUCUGAUACUAAUCAUGAUAACAAAAAUGAUAAUUGCCCAUCUGUCCCUCCUUCGUCACCUGCACCUUCAGUGCCACUAUUGCCUGAUUUCCCUUUAAGUCAUCAGAGUUCAAAUUUGAACAGUCAUGGGGGUUUUUAUGGAAAUAACAAUGAUUCCUUCUCGAGUCACUAUGAAGCACCUUCAGAUUCUUUUGAUGGAUCUCAACAUAGUCCAAGUUCACAGAUUGUGCCAAUGGGGUCUUUUAAGGUUUUGCUCUUACAUGGAAAUUUAGAUAUUUGGAUCUACGGUGCUAUGAAUCUUCCGAACAUGGAUCAGUUUCAUAAGACUUUUGGGGAUGUGUUUGGGUCACAGAUGAGUGAGAAGAUUACUAGUGAUCCAUAUGUUACAGUGUCAGUAGCAGGUUCUGUGGUUGGAAGGACCUAUGUGAUAAACAAUAACGAAGAUCCUGCUUGGCAGCAACAUUUUUAUGUUCCGGUUGCACAUUAUGCUGCCGAAGUGCGUUUUUCUGUUAAAGAUAGUGAUGUUGUUGGAUCAGAGUUGAUAGGAGUUGUGGCAAUUCCAGUAGAACAAAUAUACUCGGGUGCAAAGGUUGAAGGAAUCUAUCCAAUCCUAAACGGCAGUGGGAAACCUUGUAAGCCUGGAGCUUCUCUGACUCUUUCAAUACAGUACACCCCGAUGGAGAAUCUGAGCAUAUAUUAUCAAGGAGUAGGAGCAGGUCCUGAAUAUAUUGGUGUCCCUGGCACAUAUUUUCCUCUUAGGAAGGGUGGUACUGUAACUCUUUAUCAAGAUGCCCAUGUUCCCGAUGGUUGUCUCCCACAAAUAAAGCUUAAUCGUGGAAUUUAUCGUGAGCAUGGGAAAUGUUGGUCUGACAUCUCAACUGCCAUAAGUGAGGCACAUCGUUUAAUCUACAUAACAGGAUGGUCAGUGUGGCACAAAGUUAAACUGGUUCGGGAUGCUGGUCCGGCAUUUGAUUCCACCCUAGGGGAGCUUCUAAGAUCAAAGUCUCAGGAAGGAGUAAGAGUGCUACUUCUUGUUUGGGAUGACCCUACUUCAAGGAGCAUUUUGGGUUAUAAGAUGGAUGGAGUCAUGCAAACCCAUGAUGAGGAAACACGUCGUUUUUUCAAGCACUCAUCUGUGCAAGUACUUCUUUGUCCCCGCAUGGCCGGAAAAAGACAUAGUUGGGCCAAACAAAAGGAAGUUGGGACAAUCUAUACACACCACCAGAAAACAGUCAUAGUGGACGCUGAUGCUGGAAAUAAUAGAAGGAAAAUCAUAGCUUUUGUCGGUGGCCUUGAUUUAUGUGAUGGGCGGUAUGACAACCCACAUCAUCCUAUUUUUAGGUCAUUGGAAACACUACAUAUGGAUGAUUAUCACAACCCUACCUUUACGGGAAGUACUGUUGGUUGCCCAAGAGAACCUUGGCAUGACUUGCACUCUAGAAUUGAUGGUCCAGCAGCAUAUGAUGUUUUAACCAACUUUGAGGAGCGCUGGCUAAAGGCCGCAAAACCUCAUGGGAUCAAAAAGCUGAAAAUUUCAUAUGAUGAUGCUUUGCUCAGGCUAGACCGAAUUCCAGAUAUCAUAAGUGCAGCUGAUUCUCUUUCUAUUGAUGCAGAUGAUCCUGAAGGUUGGCAUGUUCAGAUUUUCCGUUCAAUUGAUUCUAAUUCAGUUAAAGGCUUCCCAAAGGAUCCUAAGGUUGCUACAAGCAAGAAUCUAAUGUGUGGCAAAAAUGUACUCAUUGACAUGAGCAUACAUUCUGCAUAUGUGAAGGCUAUUCGUUCUGCUCAACACUUCAUUUAUAUAGAGAAUCAAUAUUUUAUUGGGUCCUCAUAUAAUUGGAGUACAUAUAAAGACUUGGGUGCUAAUAAUUUGAUUCCUAUGGAAAUCGCUCUUAAGAUUGCCAAUAAAGUCAGAGCGAAUGAGAGAUUUGCUGCAUAUAUAGUUCUUCCAAUGUGGCCUGAAGGUGUUCCAACUGGUGCUGCUACACAGAGGAUUUUAUUUUGGCAGCACAAAACCAUGCAAAUGAUGUAUGAGACAAUUUACAAGGCUUUAGUGGAGGUUGGGCUUGAAGAUGCAUUUUCACCACAAGAUUACUUGAACUUUUUUUGUCUUGGCAAUCGAGAGGCUGUGGAUGGGAGUGAACCUACAAUUAUGGGAAGUCCUCCCGCCGUAAAUACCCCUGAGAUCCUUAGUCAAAAGAGCCGUCGGUUCAUGAUUUAUGUUCAUUCUAAAGGAAUGAUUGUUGAUGAUGAAUAUGUACUACUGGGAUCUGCAAAUAUCAAUCAACGAUCUAUGGAAGGCACAAGAGACACAGAAAUUGCAAUGGGAGCCUACCAACCCCAAUAUACAUGGGCUAGAAAAUUAUCAAACCCAUAUGGACAGAUCUACGGAUAUAGAAUGUCACUAUGGGCAGAACAUCUUGGAACUAUCGAGGAUUGCUUUAUGGAACCAGCUAGUUUGGAAUGUGUAAAAAGGGUUAGAACAAUGGGGGAGAUGAACUGGAAACAAUUUGUAGCAGACGAUGUAACGGAAAUGAGGAGUCACCUUAUAAAGUAUCCUCUUGAAGUUGAUCGAAAGGGCAAGGUGAAGCCAAUUCCAGGACAUGAAACAUUCCCAGACGUAGGAGGAUGUAUAACUGGUUCAUUUUUGGCCAUUCAGGAGAAUCUCACCAUUUAAACAACCCAAAUACCAAGGUAAAUAGUCAGAAAUUGGACACAAAUUCAAAAAUCAUUUGUGUUUUGUUUGUUGAGGGUUGGGGGAUAUAA